AAACAUCAUUAUUGAUUUUUUUCGUCAGUCGAAAUUUGUUUUUACAAAAAAAGUUUUUUUCGCUUCAUUUCUACAUAAAGAUUUUCAAAAUGAUUCGAUCAUCAUCAUUCUUUAUAACAAAUAAAUUCAUCGCUUCGGCUUCUAUAAUUUGUUCCAUUUUUAUAUUGUUUAAUUUAGCCAUCACUUGUGAUGGUUUACCAAUAUUCGACGAUGGAGAUUCAUUUGUACCGGAUAGUGGAGAUUUACAACGUAAUUCACAACGAUUACAUCGAACAUUGUUCCUAUUGGACACGAGUAAUUUAUUAAAGAAAGCUCGAUUAUUAGGCGUCACUGGUGGAUCAUCGAGCAAUAGCAACGCUAUCAGCAAUGCUAUCAGCAAUAUGGUUGAACGUUCAUCAAGAAUUUUUCGAUUCAGGCGUGAAGCAAAACCACCAAAAGUUGAAGCAACAAAAUAUAUUAACGUUAUUAAGGUUAGAAAACCAUUUCUAAGUUUGGAUGGUGGAUCGCAACGACCUGGAUUGUCCGAAGCAACGCGACGUUAAA